GUUACUAGUUCAAGGAUAGAAGAGCAAACUACAACAUGAAGCUGGAACUAGCACUUGUAAGCUGUGUAUUGGCAACCGCAGUGGUCUGUCGACCAGGUUUGAAAAUGGCCAAGGAAGCAGUAUGUCUGGAGAGUGAGGAUGGAUUUCCAGUCUUUGUUCCCCACCCUACAGAUUGUACCAAGUACUACCAAUGUGAUAAUGACAAACCAUUCUUAUUUACUUGUCCUCCUCCACUUUUCUUUGAUCCAAAUCUAAAUGUUUGUAACUGGCCAUCUGAGGUUGACUGUAUUCAUGGUACAACAACAACAACUACUACAGAAGCAGCAGUGGAAACUACAACUGAAGCAGUAGAGGAAACUACUACUGCAGCUGCAGAAGAAACUACAACUGAAGCUGCAGAGGAAACUACAACUGAAGCUGCAGAGGAAACUACAACUGAAGCUGCAGAGGAAACUACAACUGAAGCUGCAGAGGAAACUACAACUGAAGCUGCAGAGGAAACUACAACUGAAGCUGCAGAGGAAACUACAACUGAAGCUGCAGAGGAAACUACAACUGAAGCUGCAGAGGAAACUACAACUGAAGCCACAGAGGAAACUACAACUGAAGCAGCAGAGGAAAGUACAACUGAAGCUGCAGAGGAAACUACAACUGAAGCUGCAGAGGAAACUACAACUGAGACUGCAGAAGAAACUACUACUGAAGCUGCAGAGGAAACUACAACUGAAGCUGUAGAAGAAACUACAACUAAAGCUGCAGAGGAAACUACAACAGAAGCUGUAGAAGAAACUACAACUGAAGCUGCAGAGGAAACUACAACAGAAGCUGCAGAGGAAACUACAACUGAAGCUGCAGAGGAAACUACAACUGAAGCUGCAGAGGAAACCACAACCAAAGCUGGGGAGGAAACUACAACUGAGGCUGUAGAAGAAACUACAACAGAGGCUGCAGAAGAAACUACAACUGAAGCUGCAGAGGAAACAACAACAGAGACCAAGACAACUACAACCCAAGCAUCGCCAGAAACUACAACAAAAGCCCCAACAACAACUUCAGCAAUUUUCGAUGUAGUAUGCCCAGACAGCAAUGAUGGAUUACCCGUAUUUGUCCCACACCCCACUGACUGUGCCAAGUACUAUGAAUGUGAUGGAAAUGUCCCAAUCCUCAUGAGUUGUCCAUCUCCUCUAUAUUUUGAUCCAAGCCUUAAUGUCUGUAAUUGGCCAUCUCAAGUGGACUGCCAAUAAAACCACAAAAACAUAUUAAAUAAAGACAACAUAUUUAA